AUGCUUCAUUUGAUGGACUUCCUUAAGGUGAGAGGAUUCGCCACAAAUACAAUCCCCAGCUACAGCUAUUGGUUCGAUCCAAGGGUGGAUAACCUAUGCUUGGAUGUCCCCAAGGCGGAGCUAUAUGAUGUGGCUCCCGUGUUGUUGUCGAGAGAAGAAGCUCGAUCUCGCUUCUUUCUAGAAUGUGUCAGUAGGGAGUGGGAAUCAGGAACAAGCAGCUCAGCUCCUCGUACAGCUUCUCCGCGGUUAUACACGACAGAAUGGUGGGAGGAAAUAGACUUGGAAUCCUUAAGACCGACGAGCUUAAGGUACUACAGUCCUUGA